AGUUUCCACCAAGCAAAGCCAAACUACCAAAGAGAAAAUGCGUUCCUUCAUUUUGAUUGCCCUCUUCGCCCUGAUUGUCCUGGCUGCUGCUCAAGGAGGACAGCAAGGUGGCCAGCAAGGUGGCCAAGGAGGACCUCAAAGUGGUCAGCAAGGAGGACCCCAGGGAGGCUCCCAGGGAGGCUCUCAAGGAGGACAACAGGGAGGACAACAGGGAGGUCAGCAGGGAGGUCAACAGGGUGGACAACAGGGUGGUCAGCAGGGAGGACAACAGCAGGGAGGUCCUGGCGGUCCAUGGGGUCUGCCUCCGAAUGGAACUGAAGUCUCCAACAGCACCACCACCACGACCACUGAGGCUAGCUCCACUGAGUCCAGCACUACUGAGGUUUCUUCAGCCUAACCCAUGGAUUGAUCCCCAUGAAAGCCAACAGGCUUGCUCAGUUCCUUAUCCUUGCCCUUAUUAUUACAAGUUCGUGCAAUAAAAUGAAAUCAGUUUCCUA